AUGACGGCUGCUGAAAUCCUGGACGUUCGAAAAGAAGUCCUGGCGCUCGAUUUUCCCAGGUUAGAGCGUAUUUGGAGUACGUGGUCCAGGCGAAGCAAGACGAGGAGGGGAGGACUUGGCAUCUUUAUCCUGAUGAAGAAUUCCGCCCCGGCUUGGAUGGGAACAGGCAAGGUAGCCAACAUAGGGAAUGAUUCAAUGUUGCUCUGUUAA